AUGACUGAGAGCUAUAAAUUCGUUGUUGUCGGAGGUGGUAUCGCUGGUGUAACAUGUGUUGAACAGCUGGCGUCACAGUUUCCAUCUGCACAUAUCGCUUUGAUCACCCCAGGUCCACACAUCAAAACUGUGACAAAUUACAAACAGGUGUCUCGGACUAUGGAAGAGUUUGGUGUGGAAGAACGACCAUUUACAGUAUUAGAGGAGAAAUAUUCCAAUCUCAAAUUUCUUCAGUCAGCUGUCAAAACUCUACAUGCAAAAUCACAUUGUUUGGAGACUACAGAUGGCAAAGUGUAUGGCUAUGAAAUGCUUUGUAUUUGUAGUGGAGCCAGGCCAAAGCUUUUUAUCGAUGACAACCCAUAUGUACUGGGAAUAAGAGACACUGAUAGUGCACAGGAAUUCCAGAAGAGGCUUUCCAAAGCAAAACGAAUUGUCGUCGUUGGAAACGGAGGCAUUGCCCUUGAAUUGGUACAUGAAGUUGGAGGCUGUGAAGUGAUAUGGAGGCAGAAAAAGCCCACAAACCUUUUCCCUGUAAGAGGCCUCGUUACACAGUUGAAGAAUCAGCGGGAGGCACAUCUCACACCUUCACUGCAGAGAGAAACCAUAGACAAACCUCCACUCCAACAGAGCAUGGUAGUGCUCUUGGCCCAGACUGGCAUGAAGGAAUUAAUCUACAAGGCACUGAACAGACUCAGGGACACCACAAAUUCUUCUGACUUGAACCCUGAAACUGUUGGAUCAUGGCCAGUUUAUAUUAAAUUGAGUAAUGGCAAGAUAUAUGGUUGUGACUUUAUAGUGAGUGCAACUGGUGUUGAGCCAAACACAGAGCCUUUUCUUCAUGGUAAUAAUUUUGCUUUAGCUAGUGACUGCGGCCUUCAGGUUAAUGACCAGAUGCGGACUUCAGAACCCGACGUCUAUGCUGCUGGAGAUGUCUGUACAGCUGGCUGGAAACACAGUCCACAAUGGCAACAGAUGCGAUUGUGGACCCAAGCUCGCCAGAUGGGUUGGCAUGCAGGUCGCUGUAUGGCUGCACAUGUCCUUUCAGAGCCUAUUGAGUUAGACUUCUGCUUUGAACUUUUCUCACACAUUACAAAAUUCUUUAGUUACAAGGUGGUGCUCUUGGGGAAAUAUAAUGCCCAAGGUUUAGGACCUAACCACGAGCUGGUUGUACGGUGUACCAAAGGACGAGAGUACAUCAAGGUGGUUUUGAGUGGAGGGAGGAUGGUUGGAGCUGUGCUUAUUGGAGAUACUGAUCUCGAAGAGACUUUUGAAAACCUCAUCUUGAACCAGAUGGACCUGACAUCAUAUGGAGAAGAUCUUCUCAACCCUGACAUUGACAUUGAAGACUAUUUUGACUGA